AUGGCGUCUUUCGGCGGCUGCGGCAACGCCCGCCUGAAUCCGGGCGCAUCGCCGCCAUCUCAACUCUCUCACAGGAAAUUCUCGGCUCCCAGGCACGGCUCCCUGGGCUUCCUGCCUCGGAAGCGCAGCAGCCGGCAUCGCGGGAAGGUGAAGAGCUUCCCCAAGGAUGACGCCUCCAAGCCUGUCCACCUUACAGCCUUCCUGGGCUACAAGGCCGGCAUGACCCACAUCUGGCAGGACGACGAUGGCAAGAAGCAGUUGGAGAAAGACUUCAGCAGCAUGAAGAAGUAUUGCCAGGUCAUCCGUGUCAUCGCCCACACCCAGAUGCGCCUGCUUCCUCUGCGCCAGAAGAAGGCCCACCUGAUGGAGAUUCAGGUGAAUGGGGGCACAGUGGCCGAGAAACUGGACUGGGCCCGGGAGAAGCUGGAGCAGCAGGUGCCUGUGAACCAGGUGUUCGGGCAGGAUGAGAUGAUUGAUGUCAUCGGGGUGACCAAGGGCAAGGGCUACAAAGGAGUCACCAGCCGCUGGCACACCAAGAAGCUACCCCGCAAGACCCACCGAGGCCUGCGCAAAGUUGCCUGUAUUGGGGCCUGGCACCCUGCCCGCGUGGCCUUCUCUGUGGCGCGUGCUGGGCAGAAGGGUUACCACCACCGCACUGAGAUCAACAAGAAGAUCUACAAGAUUGGCCAGGGCUACCUUAUCAAAGAUGGCAAACUGAUCAAAAACAAUGCCUCCACUGAUUACGAUCUGUCUGACAAGAGCAUCAACCCUCUGGGUGGUUUUGUCCACUAUGGUGAAGUGACCAACGACUUUGUCAUGCUGAAAGGCUGUGUGGUGGGGACCAAGAAGCGAGUGCUCACAUUGCGCAAGUCUUUGCUGGUACAGACCAAACGCCGGGCACUGGAGAAGAUUGACCUCAAGUUCAUCGACACCACCUCCAAGUUUGGCCAUGGCCGCUUCCAGACGGUGGAGGAGAAGAAGGCGUUCAUGGGACCACUUAAGAAAGACCGAAUUGCAAAGGAAGAAGGUGCUUAA